AUGACAGGAAUUAAUCCAUCCAUUGAUCGCGUAUCUGAGAACAAAUCCGUAAAUACAGAUGCCGUUGGUGCGCCAACUGUUGCUGACAAAUAUGAGAACACGCGUCAUUUAAAGUAUGGUCAAACAGAAAAUCAAAAAAAUGCGAACGUCCCAGAGUCUAAAGGACAUGAAAAGAAGGAAGAAAGUCUUUUGAAUCCUGAACCAAAUCGUAGUUAUGCUUCGUGUUCAGAUUCUGCACCAACGUUGCAUCAUUCAUUUCAUGAAACGUUUUUAAGUGGAGCCACCGGUGUCACUGGUGAUGAUAUGAUCGCACAUGAAGAAAAGAAAGAAAAAGAGCGAAAAAAGAGAGAACAAGAAAAGAAAAAGACUAUGUGA